AUGGAUUUUAUGGGACCAUUUAUCAGCUCAUAUGUCAACAAGUACAUACUGGUAGGUGUGGACUAUUUCUCGAAAUGGGUAGAAGCUGUGGAACUCCCGACAAAUGAUGCAAAAGGAGUCAUUGUGGAGUUAGAGAAUAGGGCAUUCUGGGCAUUGAGGCAAUUAAAUCUUGACAUGGAGGUCGCUGGUACGAGUAAUGUCAUAGAGUUGCAUGAACUUGAUGAGUUCCGCUAUCAUGCUUUUGAGAGCAACCGGCUAAUGAAAUAUUUCCCAACUAAGUUGAAGUCACAAUGGUUAGGACCAUUUCGUGUGCAAAUGGUAAAUCUGACUGGAGCAGUUGCAAUUGAGUCGGAAGAUGGAGUUAAGAAGUUCACGGGCAAUUGGCAAAAUUUGAAACAUUACCUUGGCAUGGAUGAGGAAAAUGUUGUGUCAGUGAUUUAUUUGAAGGAACCCAAGUGUUGA